AUGAGUUCUAAGAACAAACAAUCACAACUAGAUAAGCACAAAGCAACGAUAAACCAAGAAAACUCACUUGUAAAAAAAUGGAAGUUCCUGAGAGAUACAACAGAGAACACCGAAGAAACUUCAAACGCAGAUGCAGAAACGAUAAUAGAGCUCAGGCGUCUUAAGAUCCAGAACCAGCAGGUUUCGUCUAUGGCAAAGCAACAAGAACAGGCUGUUUUCUCUGACAAAACGAAGAAAAUUGCACUAGCAAUAACUGCUAAACACGUGGCUGAAACGUGCGCCAAAGCACAACCGCCAUUUGAGACACCCACCCAAACAGCUGUCAUGCACACCAACUCGAAAGGACAUGUCCUUUCACAUCACCAUAUCCCUCCAGCUAUUCCCCCUAGCAUACGGCUCGGUGUCAGAGUCGUUACAGCUCGGAUUCCGUUUGGUGAUUCAUCACUUAGCCUUGAGAACAAUUGGGGAAGCUUGUCGGAACAAAUUCAGACAUCUAAUCAAGGCGCCUUUGUUAGAGCAGUUCAACUACGUCAGCGAGAUAAUCGGACUUUUGAUGUCGAUAGCUUGACUCAAGCAUUGAUUAGGAACAUGGGCCUCCUGUUAUACUUUUGUACAACUCCAAGUUCGAGCAAUCGGAGACCCCGCUCGGCUACAGCAUAUGAUGUUUGCGAUUAUAGUGAGCCUACUGUGCGUAUUGCGGGUCCAAAUGGUUUAUGUGCUGAUGUGUAUAAAGGGUGGAUGCACAAUGGCAAUUCAAUAAUCUUAUGGCCCUGCAAAACUAAUACAGAUGCGAAUCAACUUUGGACCUUAAAAAGAGAUGGCACUAUUCAAUCCAACGGCAAGUGCUUGACCACUUAUGGAUCUAUUCCGGGAAGGUACAUGAUGAUAUAUGAUUGCGACUCCGCUGUGGCUGAUGCCACCCGUUGGAAAGUAUGGGAUAAUGGAACCAUCAUAAAUCCUGCAUAUGGUCUAGUUUUAGCAGCAAAAACUUGGGUUGAAGGUGUUACACUUACGGUGGAGACCAACGACUAUAGUAUUGGUCAAUCAUGGCGUCCUACGAACAAUACACAACCUUUUGUCGCAUCCAUUGUCGGGUUUAAAGAUCUCUGCUUGCACGCAAAUGGAGAGAAUGUGUGGGUAGAGGAAUGCGUAGCUUCAAAGAAAGAGCAGCAGUGGGCUCUUUAUCCAGAUGGUUCGAUACGCCCUCAAGAGAAACAACAAUACUGCCUUACUGGGGAUGCUGAACUCGUCAAGAUUCUCUCUUGUAAACCCGGAUCGUCAGCUCAAAGGUGGGCGUUCGAGAACGACGGCUCUACUUUGAAUUUAAACACCAUAUGGGUUCUGGAUGUCAGAAGAUCUGAUCCAAGUCUUAAACAAAUUCUCAUUUAUCCAAAUCAUGGUACUAAAAAUCAGAAGUGGAAUGUAAUAUAUUGAUUCAUAGUCUUCACAAUAUGGUUUUCAGCUAAGUGUACUCUUGCAAUAAAGGACUAUGUCAUGUAUUACAUAGUCCAUUUUCCUGUUUCGGAUUGUAAGUUUCUUAAUUGUUAGUUGCAUAUCUCUCAACUAUGAACUAACCUCAUUGUUUUUGUCAGUUGAUGUUAUGAAUAAGGUUAUUAAACUUACUUUUGUCCAAUUACAUUUAAUUACCAAAUUUUGAAUUUCUUUUA